AUGGGCUUAGAAAAAGAGUCUGAGUCCGAUGCUGACUCGAACUAUCUGUCGGACACUUCUUCCUUCACGUCUUCUCGCCAGUCUCUCUCUUCGUCUUCCUCACAUCAACCUAUCCUCUCUACCAAGCCGUCAUCUAGUACUAACCGUCGCUCCCGCCGAAACCUAUCACCCCAUCGUAUCAUCCGUUUAUGCUGCCUAGCUCUCAUAUCCACCGUCGUCAUUUUCAUCUUAAGCCUAGUCCAUGCCGGUAUCUCAUCAACCAAGAGAGUCGAGGCCGGAAAUAUAGGAAGACGACCAACUCCACCUCCGGAACCAUGGAAAGCUUUCCCAUUUUUGACAAGGUACUAUGGAGGUCUUCGAUCAUUAACUCCACUAGCGGAAAAUACGCCUGAGUAUCCCUUAAAAGACGAGCCUACUACCUCCGAUAAACCCUCAAAAUUAAACCGAGAUGUGCCCGUUAGUAUACCCUUCGAGGCCUAUGCCCAUCACCAAUCUCCAGACUAUUUAGCUGAAUAUCCGACCGUUCAAAAGUGCUUCCUCGACGCCAACUCAACUGUUUCUCCACCCUCACUACAAUAUUACUACGGUAGACCCGCCGGAUUUCCCAACAAUAUUCUAGGCUCUUACGAGUUACUUGGUCUUCCAGAAGAUAUUUGCUUCGACAGAUUUGGACGUCUAGGUCCAUACGGGUACGGAUAUGCCGAGAAGUAUGGCGGGACAGGAACCGGCGAAUAUGGUGAUAUUAUGGGAUCUAGUAAUGUAUGGAAUACGGGAUCAGAGAUUAACCAGGUCGAUUUCCGAAAUGUAAACUGGAACGAAGCACAGAGGAGAUGCUUUAACUUGAAUAAAGCGCGCUUUGAACCAAUAGACUCUAUCCAUGAAAGAACUAGAUACUCGUCUAAAUCUAAUCGCGCCUCCGAUCAUUAUGACUCUACUAAGGCCAACAUUUCAUCAAUACCCAAAAAAUACCUGCCACGAUCUGCCGUAGUCAUAAGGGUCUGGGAUGACUUCAACUAUGGCCUAGAAGAUAUACUUCACCUGCGGGCCAUGAUCUCCGAGUUAUCUCUCGGCUCUGCCGGUGAGUAUGACGUCCAUCUUUUAGUCCAAGUCAAGGAUGAAAGUAAAUACCCAAUCUGGGCAGAUGAGGAAUUCUACCAACGACAUGUCAACGAAUCAGUCCCAGAAGAAUUUCGAGGAAUUACCACAUUAUGGAGCGUCACGCAAAUGUUAAUGUUAUAUCAGGGAAUACAUGAUACAUUUGCGCGUGGUCCUGAUCUUCCUAUACAUGGACCAUAUCGAGGACUGCAAAUGGCCAUGCAGCACUUUGCCCAUACCCACCCUGAGUAUGAGUACUUUUGGCAUUGGGAAAUUGAUAUCCGCUAUACGGGACACUACUACAACUUAUUCUCACAAGUCGAAUCUUGGGCACAAAAACAAUCUCGCAAAGGUUUGUGGGAACGUAACAAUCGAUUCUACAUACCAACUACGCAUGGUUCCUGGGACGACUUUAAGCACUUGGUUCGAGUUCAGACCGAGAUGAGUUCUAGUGACCCCGAAAGAUUAGCAACCAGCCUUCUGGGGCUCAAGGCCAAAACCAAAACGGAGAAGCCAAUUUGGGGACCUGAACGGCCUGAACAUGAAGAGGAUUGGUUUGAGGUCGAAAAUGAUCCCGUGCCACCUAGAUCAUACGAUAAUGAUCGAUACGAGUGGGGAGUAGGGGAACCGGCAGAUCUGAUUACUUUCAACCCACUUUUUGAUCCAGAAGAGACUACCUGGCUGUUGGCUAAUGACUUUACGGGAUUCAAUACAAGUACCGGCUCGCCUCCACGCCGCGCUGCAAUUAUAACUACUUCGAGAAUGUCGAAACGCCUCUUGGAGUCGAUGCAUCGUGAGACGGCCUUCAAGAAGCACCACGCCUUCUCUGAGAUGUGGGCACCAACAGUCGCUCUGCAUCAUGGAUACAAAGCCGUCUACGUGCCACACCCGACAUUUGUUGACAGGAAAUGGCCCGUCGCUUACUUUUCAGCAGUUACAAAUGCGGGAAAAAGUGGUGCCACUGGCGGGGCAAGGACGAGUAUCUUUGGAGCGAGAGAACACAACUUGAUGGGUCUGACGUGGUACUACAAUGCUGGGUUUGCGCCUAAUUUGUGGAGGAGGUGGCUUGGUCUAAGGGUCAACAACGAUGGUGGUGAGCAAUUUGAGCUAACAGCUGAUGAGAGUAAAGAUGGUGAGGGUGUGGGUGGCAUGCGAGGUGGAGAGGGACGGAUGUGCCUGCCCCCAAUGCUGCUGCAUCCGGUCAAGGAUAUCGUCUUGCCCAGCGAAGGGCCUGCCCCAAAGGAAAAUUUACCCACGAGUGAUCCUUCCGCCUGA